CUAAGCAAGCGUUCAAUACGUUGUCGUGUACUAAAUGCAGCCAAAGCAAUAGAAAGAUGUCUCUUGGUUAUUACGAAGUUCCUAAUUACAAGUUCCAUUUUCCUAGCGGCUCCGGCAUGGGAAUUUAUGCCGCUCUUGCUCUCCCCCUAACUGACCUGCCCAACAUAGAUGUCUUCUUGGCGUUCUUUUUGGAAGCCUUCUAUUCUCUGCCCUUCAACGAAACAUCUUACGAAUACCCGCCACUGGUAUCCAGACGCAGCUUCACCAGAAAGUCGUUUUACCAAUCGUUGGAAAGCAAACUGGACGCACGGGGAUAUCCGGGAAAGAUGUGCCUCUUGCGAAGCAUAUGCGAAGCUUCCAUGCAUACCGUGCAGCAUUCCAGCGGCGUUUUGGGCGAUCUUCUGCAUUUGGUGUUGACACCGUCGGCUUCAAUAGAUCCCGACCAGGAUUAUUUUGCAGACUACGAAAAGGCGGAACUAGACGGUUUGGAUAAGCAGGAUUGUUCGGACUACAACGACUGCCCGGUCAGCAUUUUAGAUUUGAUGGGAUUCGUGCAGUAAUGGCGGUCUAAAGAUAAAUACAGCUGUAUUUGAAAUUGAUAAUUCAUUUUGAAUAAACAUGUUUUAUUGUGGAAAAGUUUUAAAAAAGUACCGAACUAACCGACUAAACGUGGAAGGAAACAUUGUUUUUAACCAUAUAGCUGUUCGAAUAUGUAUUUCCGUAGGGAUGGGAAUGAUUUUCAGCGCAUGUCUUCAAAUUUCACCCACUAACCUGCAUUUUGCGCUUUUUAAUUUAUAAUCAGCGAUUUUCACACACUUAAUUCGUUUGGCCAGAACAUUUGAGGAGAUAUGGGCAUAUUUUGACAACAAAAUUGCUACAUCUAUACUAAAACCUGUCACAUUGGCAAACUGUCAGCGGCUAUGUUGGUUGUUUAGCGCCGUAUUUGUAAAUAAAAGACGCUUUCGU